AUGAGUCAGCCAAUUCUCAACAUCCCCUUCGCCUACCGCGCGCUCUUCUUCUACUUUGAACCUUUUGGAGUCCUCGUCGGCGCCCUGUUGCUCCACUUUCGCCCCUUGAGCUUCCUCAACGCCAUGGCUCUGGCUGCCAAAUACGCGCCGGAUAACCAGAUCAUCUACGACCAGCUUGCUGCGACAUAUACCCUAUUUGCAGGGGUCCUGGUCGGUAUCUUGUUGUGUGAUGCUAUACAUUUAUUUGGGAGUUGGGCAGCUCUGGGCGGGACAGUGUUCUGGGAUCCUCGUACCUGGAGGCCCGAAGAUUGGGUGAACCUUGUGAGUCUUUGGGGACAGGCAGCCCAAGACCAACACGAGCGUCACCACGAUGGAGUGCCAUUAAAUGAGUGUAUCUAUUAA